CAAUACAAGUAGCUAUAGCAAAAGUCCUAAUACUGUAAAAAGUUUCUGCUGCAGAGUAUCUCCAAGAGAGUUACUGUAUUUAACUGUUUAUUAAACUGUGUAUUUUUAUUAUUCUGAAGAAUCCCUCCUCUUUUGAUAUACUAAUCUUGAUAGUUGCGGUUCGUUUCUUCCACGAUGAAAGUGUAUCGAAACUUUAUAUACUAGUGCCUGGACCCGUAGUAAGGCUAACCAUUUGUUGAAAGUGGUCGAAAAUUGAAAGUGUCAGUUCCUGCCGCCCUACGGUAUACAGAAGGCUUUUGUCAUAUUGUCCUUGGGUCUGAAUUCGAGUUUAUAUUCCUUGAAUCCUGGGCACCUCUUUAGCGAAAGCGGAUGUGAGCAGUGAGCGCAUGUAGAGUGUUAUUUAGAAUGGAUGCUAUUCAUUCCUGUAAUUCCAGAAAGAAGUCAACUAGAUACUUGGUUUCAUCAGAACUCAAUUUGCUCCGUUCAUAAACAAAACUUUUGACAACAGCACUCUGGAUAGCGAAAGAUGAAGUUGGAAAACUCCUCCGUGCACAGCACGGCACGGCGGUCCUUUUAUGUUUUUAUACUUUUAUCAGUUUUAUGUAUUAAUUUGGCAUCUGCGUCCCUGCAUGCAGCAACAUAUGCGGAGGAAGCUGAACUGACUAUUACUAAAGAACCAAGGAGUCACGAUGUGAGAAAGAAGCCAUUACCGAAGACAGAACUUCCAACUUCGUGGAUGUACGAGCUAUUGCUCAACCUUGCUUGUUAUGCUACGAUAUUUAUUCCCGGGUAUUAUUUGAGACAGCGCUAUCUAGCUCGUGGUGGACCUGGACAAGAGGAUCGCAGUCAAUGGAGUGCCCUGCAGCGGUUGUGUUUUAUUGGCCAACCGGAUAUCAGUGAAGUACUGCAGGACCCGGAGCGUCAAGUGUCUGCUCGCAAAAUGCAAGAUCCUUUGGCCAAACUGCCGCGCUGGAUGAUUUUGUUGUUAUGCUUUGUGGGAUUGCAGUUAACAUUUCUAACAUGGGGCGUUCUCCAGGAGAAAAUCCUUACCCGCUCGUACAAUGGCGAGCACUUUACGGACGCGCAGUUUUUAGUGUUCACAAAUCGGAUAAUUGCGUUUCUGUUGAGUGGAACCUACUUGUUGAUCAUGCACCACCGUCAGCCGCCACAUCGAGCACCGUUUUAUAAGUACUCGUUUGCGUCCUUUUCUAACACCAUGAGCUCGUGGUUUCAGUACGAGGCGCUCAAGUAUGUCAGUUUCCCCACUCAGAUCUUGGCAAAAGCUUCAAAAAUUAUACCAGUUAUGCUCAUGGGAAAACUCGUGAAUAACAAGACAUAUCCGAUGUACGAAUACAUCACCGCCGGUAUGAUCUCCUUUGGAAUGUCCAUCUUUUUAUAUUCGCGCUGGAAAGCUCCGGAAAAUUCAGUGACUCUGAUUUCGAGUGCGGCUGGUGCAUCAGUUCUCCUAGGUUAUAUGAUUCUGGACAGUUUCACAUCCAACUGGCAGGACAAACUCUUCCAGGAAUAUCGCAUGACCAAAAUGCAAAUGAUGUUUGGAAUCUCAACCUGCUCGAUGAUCUUGACCAUCGUCAGCCUCAUUGAACAGGGCGGUUUUGUCACCGGGUUUGGCUUUGCUGUUCGCCAUCCGGAUUUUUUUGUAGACAUUUUAAUGCUCUCCUUCUCGGCAGCUUUGGGAAAUAUAUUUAUUUAUAUGACUAUACAACAGUUUGGUGCUGUGAUAUUUGCUGUUAUUAUGACGGUGCGACAGGCUAUCGCUGUCCUGUUGUCCUGUCUAAUUUACGGCCAUUCCUUGUCGGCAUUAGGAAUUUUUGGAGUCUCUUUAGUUUUUAUCGCGCUGGGCUGUCAAGCCUAUGCCAAACAACGUCGAAAUCAACUUUCAAAACCCAGUGGCAUACAACCAAGUAAAUGAAAGUGUUACUGA